GUCAACUAAGUUUCUUCACUCUCCACUUCAUAAUAUCAACUUCAGUCUAAACAAUUAGAAAGAACAAAUUAUACAUGUCUCCACAAACAUAAAUCAAAUUAGUUGUUUAAGAAGAUAUAUUAUUUAGAAUAUUAAAUAUAUACUGGGAAAGUAAUUAUAUGUGUGUGAGCUGGUACCCAUGGGGCAGGUUUACCUACCCAAACCCAACCCGACCCGGUGAAUAGUGUAGCGGAUUUAAACCCAAACCCGACCCAAAACCCGUCAACACGGGUUUUACCCACGUUGACCUGUUGGGUCGGGUGGGUACCCGUGGGUUCGGGUUUUGUUGCCAUCCCUAAGGCCAGAUUGUUAGGAGAAGCUACUGAUAUACAUUCUCAAUCUCCGAAAUAUGUAUUAAUUUGUUCAAGUAUAGUGAAAUUGAGCUCUCCUGUCCGUGGAUUAGCUAACAAACAAUGUAUUAGUGAACUAUGUUUUUUUUUUUACUUUCUUACAUUAUUGAUUUUCUAAUCGGUUCUAACAUAAUGUAUUCAAGUUUUUUUAUGAAUAAAAUGUAUUCGAGCUUUGUGUUGAACCUUUAUAUAAUAAUUAACACAAAAUGGACAUUGAGAAGUGGGAAAAAAAAGAAGUUUAAAUGACUAACCCAUAUUUAUGCAUUAUAAAGUUAGGUGUUUCAAUUCGAAUUGGUUAAACAUACAACUAAUAACCAAAAGAGUUACAAGACAAAUGAAAAAAGUAUUAUCCAUAUUAUAGUAAGGAAUUCCCUCAUAAAGCUAAUAAUAAACCACAACAUUGGCAUCUCUUUAGUUGUGCUAUACAUCCUUUGUGGGAGAGAUUCAACUAUGGAUUAUAUACCACUUAUUAACACAUCUUUCAAACGAAAGUCAAUUAAAAAAAAGAUUGAAAUUUGCACAUUCUUCAAAAUACCACUUGCUUAAUAAUAAGGUCACCGGGAUACAAACAAAAGAUUUCUCGGUCACAGGAAGGCUCAGAUAUCAUCUCAUAAAUCAACUGGAUCCAACAACUCAAAGCGUCGGAAAAUAUUCAAUAAUGGAUCUUAUAUUACGUACUGAAAAACCCUCCCAUAAACCAAAAUGUGAACUUGAAGGACUUUGUUGACUCAAUUUGAAUUGAUGGACUUGAUAAUCCAACACAGAGAAAGUUGAGGUUCUAAUUAGAUCAAUCAAACACUAUACUGUUGUUUUCUUAGCAACACCUAGUUAGCCAUUACUUUGGUUGGUUUUACAACUAAUCAGGAAGAGGAGUCAGAUGUCAAAAUUUGCAAACUCAACCAAUCAUUUCUCAGCCACCACAGGCAAUUAGGCAAAGGCAAAUACAGACAGGCUGUUGUUCAAACUUCAAAGAAGGGAAAAAAGCUGGAUCCACCAGCCAGCAAGGAAAAAAGGGUUGAGAUAACGAAAAUCAAAGGAUGGGGAAAGAGAAAAGUGUCGCCAUUACAAUCAAAAUUAUAGCAUUCUAUUCAUUCAUUGUGUGUUGUACACAGCCUUGUUUUCACUUUUCAGGCGGAGCUACCUGCAGGCCGGCCGGCCGGCGACAAGGAAAGACGGCUGCGUUACCUUACAAAAAAGAAUAUCAUUAUGUGUAUUGUUUUUUAGCCCGAAGAAGCAAGGUAUAAUUUGGACACACAUGAGCUCAAUCUGGAUUUUGAGUUUCCAUUCUUCUUUCGUUUUUUUCCCUCACGGAGGACAUGUCUAGGUGAAGCGUUUUAUCAGACUAAUCACGCGGUUUUGAAAUUAUAAGUUGAACAUUUGAAUAUUGAUGUUAUACAUAUGAGUGUGUUUGAAUUGUUACUAUAUCUUGUAUUCAAGUACGGACAUUUAUGCUGGUGUAAUGUUAUAUGUUAUUAUCAUGCGUUAUAUAAGAUUUGAUAUUAUUUAUAAAUGUGUGAACAAUAUAAUAACUUUUUUCAUAUAUCCGAACGGAACCGAAUUAAAGCGAUCAGACCAUUAACUCUCAACCCACUUACUCAAUCAGACCAUCGGGCUAAACCAGAUCGACAAACUUGCAUAAAAUGGACAUUGAAAAUUGAAAAAAAAAACGAGAACUUUAAAUGAAGACCCAAUAUUGAUGCAUUUUAAAUUUAGGAAUUUAAAUUAGAAUAAGAUCAAAGUACGACUAAUAACCCAAAGAACUACAAAGCAAAUGAAAUAUGUACUAUCCCUAGAGUAAGUAAGGAAUUGCCUAAUAAUAAAAGCUAAAUAAUAUAUCACAACAUUGGCCUCUGUUUUGUUGUGUUCCAAACUAGGGUGGGAAACGGUUCCCGGAUUUCAAUUUAAUCGAAAAUCGAACCGUUUAAAUCAGUCUAGUUGCAACUAAAUAAUUAGAUUUGAUUUCCAGUCGAGAGAAGCAGCUAAAUAACCGUCCCUGUCCGGUCCGAUUUAAACCAGAAAACCCCAACAAAUCUACGAUCGGUCCGUGAUCCCUGGAUGCCGAAUGCGUCUUACUUACUGUUCUUUUGAUCUUUUCUUUGCAACACCUAGCUAGCCCAUUACUUUUGUUGGUUUACAACUAAUGAGGAAGAGGAGUCAGAUGUCACAAAUUUGCAAACUCAACCAAUCAUUUCCCAGCCAGCACAGGCAAAAUACAUCCAGGCUGUUGUUCAAAGAUGGGGAAGGAGCCCAAAAAAAAAAAAAAAAGUCCUCUGUUUUGUUAUAUGUCAUACACGUGCGUUGUUGUUAUUACGUAAAUGACAUUUUGCAACGACUGCUGGAACCCAACAAAUAAAAGGUGGUGAAAAAGCUGGAUCCUCCAGCCAGCUGCGAGGAAAAAAAUGGGUUGAGAAAUAACGAAAAUCAAAGGGAUGGGGGAAAGAGAGAAGUGUCGCAAUUACAAUCAAAAUUGUGGCAUUUUCUAUUCAUUCAUUGUGUUGUUGUACACAGCCUUGUUUUCAGGGCGGAGCAACCGGCCGGCCGGCGACAAGGAAAGACGGCUGCGUUAUCUUACAAAAAAGAAUAUUAUCAUGUCUGUUGUUUGUUUUAGCCGCAAGAAGUUAAGGUAUUUGAUUUGGGUUAUUUAGUGGUAUGUGACGAUUGAAAUACACUUUUUAUACGAUUUUACAAUCGUUAGUUUCAUAAAAUGGGAUAGAUUUGUCGGUAAUGUUACUACUAACACCGCUUUGAGUGCAGCCAAGCAAUCUUUCAGAACUUCAUUCUAUACGAGUAAAAGAGUUACAGAGGAGAGAAGGUUGUGUUUAAUUUUGUUAACAAAGGGAAGAAAAAAAAAUGAGAACAUUGAUGGAGCCACAUAUUUCUUCGAUGGUAUUUGAUGAUAAGAUAACAAAUAUAAAUAAAUUUUUAAUUAAUAUACAUGUAAUUCCAUCUUUUUUCUUAGCAAAGAGAUGAACUUGAACUUAUAACUUAAAAGGAGUGUGAUUAAUGAUGAAAACAAUUCCAGCACAACAUAAACAAGUAACACCGGUAAUUUUAGCUCUUCCCUAUUAACCUUAAAAAAUAAAAUGUCACCAACAACAACGUAAAAAAAACAUGAAACCGACGAAUUAUUUUGCUACGCAAAAGCAAGUUUAUCAAAGCAAAACUUGUAGUAUAGUGGUACAAGUUCAUAACCUCAGGCAUCAACUAUCAAGGUGCUUUAGUACCCAAAUCCGGAUUAUUAUCUAGUCGAUUAGAGGGGUAUGUGUAAAUUACUAAAUAUAAUCAUUUUCCAGUUUUAUUAUGGGUUAAUACCCUAGUUUGGUCCGAAGUUUGGCGUAAGUGACAAUUGUGGCCCGACUUUUCUAAUAAGACAUUUAUGGCCUACUUUUCAAACUAUUGGACAAAUUUGGCCCAAAAUUUUACUUAACCGUUAAUAUUGACGGUCAAACACUAUUCCGUUAGUGACUCAUCAAAAAGUAGCUGAUGUGGCUUGCCACAUCAUUAAAUAAUAUGAUUUUAAUUUUGUUAUUCGGUUAAAAUAAAAAUAAGAUAUAAAAUUGAAGCCCUCUUAUUAUCCAAAAUCCCCAAAGCCCAUCCAAACCCUAAUUUCAUUUUUUUUCCACCGCCUCCACUUUGUCCUCCCCUUCUCCUCCUCGCAGUCGCCACCACCAUCGUCGUCCCCGCCGCCGAGUUCCAAGCCUUGAAUGCCUUCAAGCUCGCCCUCCACGACCCACUUGGUGCCCUGGACUGCUGGGACCCUUCCAUCCCACUCGCCCCUUGCGACUGCCGCGGCGUCACUUGCUCUUCCUCCAGCCACUCGCCCAGCUCCGCCGCCUCAGCCUCCACUCCAACAACUUCAAUGGCUCCAUCCCUUCCUCUCUCUCCCACUGCUCACUCCUUCGCGUCGUUUAUCAGCUGUACAACUUUCCCUCCGACGAGCUCCGGCUUCCCUCCUCACCAAUCUCCAAAUUAUCACCGUCUCUCACAAUCUCCUCCCUGGGAUAGUUGCUAUCAGAGGAGGAAGAAAGGGGGUUAAGAAUGGGAAAGGUUUGCUCGUGGUGGACUAUUCGACUUCCCUUUUCAUUUUUUUUAUUUUUAAAUGAUAUUGACUAGUCUAGUCAACAGUGAGUGCUGAGUCGUUAAUGGAGAAAAUGAUUGACCGUCAAUUCUGACGGUCAAACCGCUUCAUAGGCCAAAUUUGUCCAAUAAUUUGAAAAGUAGGUCAUAAAUGUCUUAUUGAAAAAAUCGGGCCACAAUUGUCACUUACAAAACUAAGGUAUUAACCCUUUUAUUAUUGGUGCAAAGCAAAUUGAAAAUGAUUUUUGUCCCACCCUAUCGAUGACGUGGAAAUAAGAUGGAAGGGCCGAGUGGGACUAAUCUUAUACAGGCCUACGGGCCCAAGGAAAUAAUACGCCGCAAGGGCCCUGCAGUGCUUAUCGUUGUUUCUGGGGCAGAGCGAGCAAAGGCUGAACAGCCCAUGAGGAGGCCCAGUUAAUCUUAAAUUCCUAGCCAGCCUCACCCAUUUUUUUUUAAUUUUCAAGUGAACUUGUACUUUCAGUUAUGAAAAUAUUUCAAAAUAAAUGAAGAAAAGACUACUAUACAAAAUGAAUGAUGAGUUUCUCGGUGAUGAUUUAGUCAUCUAUAUUGAACAAAAGAUUGUUUAGUUUACUUUAUAUGCUAUUUUGAGCGAUUUCAAUGAUCUCGAAAUAAAAAUUGUGCACUUCUAAAAUAAUUAUAAAUUGAUAUUUUUAUUUAAUUAUUUACGUCUCGGCUCUAAAAUUCUAGCUUAAACUCUAGGGUAUGACAUACCUUGAGUAGGAAAACGCUAUCUGGACCUCGAAUUAAUCGGAUUUUUAGGCAUGAUACUAUACCCUAACCCUUGAUAAGUGAACCCUAGGUCUUAGUUUUCUAAAUCAUAUAGCCUAACCUCUAAGAUUUUGCAUGUAAUUUGUUGCAUAUAUUUCGAUGAAUCAUAACCGUCGAUUCUUAUUUCUAAUUAAAAUGAUAUUAGUGUCUGAAAUUUAUAGAAUUAAGACCUAGAUUUUAAUCUUUAAAGGUUUGAAAAUAGUACCAAAUGUCAAACUCCUGUCAAUUCGAGGUCUAUAUAUAAUACAUGACACUAAACAUAAAUUACCACCUGCCCAAAGGGGGUCCAAGCGAUCUAAAUCAAGGAAUUGGUUAUUGUAAUUGUUUUUUAUAAAAAUAUCAUAAACUGUGAUGGACGAAUCAAUCCAAUGGAUGAGCCAGUAUGAAGUCAGGAAGGGCUAUAGCCCCUCAAAUUUGAAAUAUAUGAUAAAAUUACAUAUGAAAUUUGUAACAAUUAAUUUUAGAAAAUAGAGCAAUCGAUAAGACUUUAACCUUCAGGCUUCCUCUCGCCAUUAAUGAUGUAGAGUAAUCAUUAAGGCCUUACCCCUCUCCAAAUUAACGGGAGUUCAAAUCAUUCUCUUAUUCUGUCAUAAAUCAGUUGGUCCCAAUAACUCGAGUUGUUGGGAGAAGGUUAUGCUGGAUCUUAUACAGGCUCGUGUAUGGUACUUAAGCACUUCCUUACAAGUCCCCUCAAACGAAAGCCGACCCAUGGGCUUGAAGUUUGCACAGGCCCGCCAUACCAUUUGCUUGAAGACAACGGUUAAUAUUGGGGGUCGUGAGGACUUGAACACGUGACCUCAAGGACAAACCAACUCUGAUACCAUGUCAUAAACCAGUUGGUCCCAAUAACUCGAGUUGUUGGAAGAAAGUUAUGUUGAAUCUUAUACAGACCCGUGUAUGAUACUUAACCACUUUCUUACAUAUUCAGAUUCGCGACUCCACGUCUCCACCACAAAGUAAUGAAUAAACUAAGCUUGUUUUCCAGAAUGAAAAUGGAGUCAGAGUUGAUCACGUGCAUGGCCAAGAAAAUUUAUAAGUUUUGAAUUAAUCAAAGCCGCCGUGAUUACCGCCAACCCUUUACCUCCAUCCUUUUUCGUUAUAUUAUUAAAUCUUUUGAUCGACAACCAAGCAACCAAAAGGUUUGAUUUCAUCAUGAUCAUGGUGGAAUUAAUCAAUAAUUAAUCGAAAA